AUGAGAAACAGCAUAAGAUGUUGCAUAUCUUGCAUCCUUCCAUGUGGAGCACUCGACGUAAUCCGCAUAGUACACUGUAACGGCAGAGUAGAAGAAAUCAGUGGCACUAUCAAAGCAAGUGAAAUCAUGAAAGCGUAUCCAAAACAUGUCCUCAAGAAACCUUCAUCUUCCUCCUCACAAGACGGUGUUGUUCCGAAGAUCGUCGUUGUUCCUCCCGAUGCUGAUCUUCAGCGCGGGAAGAUUUACUUCCUCAUGCCUCUCCCUUCGCCGCCGCCAGAGAAAAAUAACCAGCGCCAUGUGAAAAACUCUUCGAAUGGAAGAAAGAAAAGAAAGGAACAGAAUAAUAACAAUAACAAUGACAACAACAAUAGUACUACUGCUACUGCUGCUACUACUACUAACAACAACGUUGGAAACAGUGGUUUGCUUGUGUCUUCUGAUCAGUACUUGACUGAGAUUUUGUCUGAGAAACUUUCGUGUCAGAGAGAGAGAAGAAGAGGACGUGUUGCUGUGUGGAGACCUCACUUGGAGAGUAUUUCUGAGUCACCAAAUCAUCUAUAA